AUGACGGACGCGGCGGUGACCUGCAAUAACUGCGGCUUACCUUACACUUUACCCGAGGAUGAAGUGGUGGGAAAUGUUCCCCAUGUCCUGCAUUGUGGUCACAUCUUCUGCACAGUGUGCCUUCGUACGCUGGAGUCUCCACGUGGCUUCAUCGCCUGCCCUGAGUGCAAGAUGGGUACCAACGUUGGUGAGGAAGGGGUGGAUGGCCUGCAGGUGGACAGCAGAAUAAUAGGACUUAUCUAUACUGCCAAGAUGAACACCAAGAAAAGACACCGUGAAGGAGAUAAGCAGAGAGCUCGCCGAUUUAGGAGUCCUUCAGCAUCUCCACCUGACCAGAAGCAGCAGAGCACUGAAGUGAGUCCGGAUGUGUUGGAGGUUCUAGAUGAAGCUCUGUCUAAAGCAACAGAAAACCUUAAUACUCUAGAUAGCCUGCACCAGACUUUUGUUACAGGCAUACAGGCUCAGAUGACAAAGGAGAAGUCUCGGAUCACAAAGGAAAUUGAGGAUUGCGUAGAAAAGGCAGUUGGCGUACUACAUAGAAGGCGCGGCAUGCUGAUGUCCGAACUGGGCUCUCUGGAGCAGCUCUUCUCGGCCGGAUGGGAUGAGUGUCAGAGAGUGGAGGACAGACGGAAGGAGCUGCACACAGCCAUCCAGAAAGCUAGACAUGUUCGUCAAGUCCCUUCGCUAGGAACUUACUGCCAUCUGGACGAGAUUCUGAAGACUUUGCAGACUCCAGUAGAUGCUGAAUCGUAUGAUAUGAGCUGCCUGACUUUGUGUUCAGAACUAAGUAUGUCUAAGGAGAUGCCGGGGCCUCCACCAGCAGAGCGGGUAUGUAGACGGCCGGUGAGAGGGGGAGGGGAGAGAUCCGGGGAGCGUAGAGGUGGCCGGUCCAGCCUUCGAGCACCCGGCUCCCAUCGAACAGCUCGGGCUUCAUCAGGCCUGCUGAAGCUGCCUGGUGCAGGAUCCACCCCAAAACAGUACAGCGCCUUUAGCCCAAAUGUUAUUAUAGAGGAAAUCAUUGAGGAGUCGGACAGUGGUGCAGAGAGAGACGGAAUGGCUCUGGAGCUCAAGCACACACAGAGACAGAAGGUGCAGCGGAGGAACCGCAAGACAGUACAGGACAGGACACCUGUUCCACAACCAAAAGCGCUGCAGGAGUGGGUUGUGCUGACCCACGUAAUCAACCCAACACACUUCUAUGUGCGACAUGUCUCAGAGCACAAAGCUGGAACGGUGCUGGCCAGAAAGAUCAACAGACUGUGCUCUGGAGAGCAAAGCCACUUCACUGUUGAAGACGAAAUCAAGACAGGUGUGCUGGUGUUUGUGAGGUGGAAAGAUGAUGCCUGGUGCAGGGCGAUGGUGUGUGAGCUGUUCCAGAAGGGCUGUUUGGAGAGUGUGAGUCAGUGUCCUGCUGCUGAGGUUGCUCGCCUGCGAGUUUUCUUCCAGGAUUAUGGUUUCUCUAAAGGACUUACCUUCUCAGGUGAAGGAGGUCUGAGUGGGCUGAAUGAGUGUUUGCGGAAGGCUGAUGUUGCUACCAAGGCAGAGCUGCAUCGCUGGGCCCCUCAGGCCAUCAAGUGUUCCCUCAAAGAUAUCAUUCCCUCAGACCUGGUGAACGGCUGGAGCAGGGAGGCGUGUGACGAGAUGAGGCGUGUGAUUGGCUCGAGUGCUGUGGAGAUGCAGGUGUUUGGUGAGGACAGAGACACUCUGCUGGUGGAUCUGAAGAAAGCGUCCGUAGACGACACUCUGCUUUCUCUAAGAGAACAUCUUGUGUUCAUGGAGCUUGCCAGGUUCUAUUCCCCUCUGGCGGCCCCCGGAGGCAGUAAACCACUACAGUUUUAUCCGCCUGUGUAUCCCAAACUGAACACAGAACUGCCUGCUGUGGUUUCCCAUGUCAACACACCAUCAGACUUCUACAUACAGCUAGUGGACAAUAUGGAGUUCCUGCUUCUGAACUCAAAACUGCAAGACUGUUAUGGGUCUCCUGGGAGCGAUAGUGAGCUGCAGAUUUACUGUCCCGUUCAGGGCCAGGCCUGCGUUGCCCUCUACGACGACAAAGACUGGUGCAGGGCUCAAGUCACUGGUUUUCCUGGUGGACGAAUGGUGGAGGUCCAAUAUGUAGAUUUUGGCAACAGAAAAACUAUCUCUGUGAACGACCUCAGACAGAUAAAGGAUGAGUUCUUUGCCUUGCCGGCCAUGGCAGUGUGGUGUUCUCUGGCAGAGGUGUUGAGUGCGGGAGACACCUGGAGUGACGAAAGCAUUCAGGUGUUCAGCAAACUGACAGAACAGAAGUUGGUCACUGUGGUGGUAACAAAGCUUGUGCCUCAAUCCACAGCCUUACCUGUUCGUCUGUUUGAGGUCAGCGAGAGUUUCCCUGAGCUUCAGGCCAGCAUUGGAGAGAUCCUGGUCAGACAAGGACUGGCGUCUUUAAGUAAACAAGCCCAGCUAAAAGAACCUCCCCCACUGGAGGCUGCAGUAUGGGACCCCCCACUUGAUGAGGUGGCUUCGUCUCCAGCCGAGCCGGCGCCCCAUACUGACAGUCCUUCAGAGUUGCAGCUUAACUUGACUCUGCCCGCCUGUCUUAAGGACCUGAGGGUGAGGGUCACCCAUGUGACUUCACCUGGACACAUCUGUGUACAGCUGCUGCAGUUUGAUGCCCAGCUGAAGAGGGUUCAUGACUUGCUGAAGAGAGAGUAUUCAAAGUCUGAUCUGCAGGAGGUUGAUUGGAAGGUGGACAUGCCCUGUGCUGCCAAUGUGAAUGGAGUUUGGGAGAGAGGAAAGGUGUGCAGUGUGUCCUCAAGCAAUGUUUCUGAGGUGCUGCGUUGUGACUUCGGUAAUACUGUAAAGGUCCACACUAGUAACCUGAGGCCUCUUCUCCCUGAGCUUGUUGGCUCCUUGCUACUAGAGUGUUGCCUCAGUGACAUAAGGCCAGCAGGUGGUCGCUCCACAUGGACGGCUACAGCCUGUGACUUCAUCUCCUACUACCUCACUGGAGCCACGGCCGUAAUGACCAUUAAGGAUCCCUCUGCCAGGCCAGCGCCAGUGUCUCUGUUCUGCUCCAACCGAUCAGGUCAAGAUGUCAGCAUCGCAGACUUCCUCAUCAGUGAAGGACUUGCUUUAAGAGAGAGGAGUGAAGGCAGUGUGAUGAAUGAAACACCGACUCCCUCACGCUCCUGUCCUCCCAGACCUGCCCCCCGCACUGCACCACCUCCGGAGAGAGUGAAAACACAGGCCUAUCUGCCCCCAGAGUUGCCACCCUGUGGACACACACGCAUGAGCAUCUCUGCAGUCUCUGAUGACGGAGUCAUCUUCGCCAUGACCCCGCAGGCAGAGUGCGAGUUUGAGCGUUUGAGGGAGUGCCUGCAGCAGCACAUUAAAACGCUGCCCCGACAGAAGCACUACAACUGGAAGAGUGUGCUUGGCUGUGCCGUCAUGGGCUCGGACAUGCUCUGGUACCGAGGGCAGGUGCUGGAGGUCAUUGGAGGCCAUGUGAAGGUGCGGUACGUGGAUCAGGGUAUAGUGGAGAACAUUCCAGUGUGCCACGUGUAUCCAGUGGUGCUGUGUGAGGAUGUUCCUCAGCUGUGUGUGCCUUGUCAGUUAAAUGGAGUCGUUCCGGUAGGCAGUGCGUGGCAGUGGGAUGCAGUGGCGCUCAUGAAAGAUCUGCUGCUUGGCCGCUCAGUCAGAGUUCAAGUCAUGGAACUGCCAGAAAAUCUGCGAGGCAUGGUUACCGUGGAGAUAAUGCUGGACGGAAUGGCACUGAGCAGAAUCAUGGUGCACCAUCAGCAUGCUACCAUGGACCCACCCAUCAGCAGCCAUGAGGAUUACGUGGUGAAACCCCCGGCACCUGAUUUGGACGACUGGGACUUAAACACAGAGGGCUUGGAGGAGCCCCAGACCGUUUUAGGUGUGUACACCAACCCCAGACUUCCAGAUAAAGGGAAACACUUCCGAGUCACGAUCAAGCACAUCCGUACCCCUAAUGAGGUGUUCCUGAGUUUGCUGGAGAUGGCAGUUUCUGAGCAGGAGCAGGAGCCUCUGGUGGAAGCCUUACAACGAGUGAACAGGGACAUAGACUCGUUGACCCAGUUGACAGACUUCCCCAUUGAGGGUCCGUGUCUGGCUGAAUACAGUGAUGGUAAAUAUUACCGCGCCAAGCUGCUGGGCUUUGCCGAGCUCAACCCCCGCGUCAAGAUUCUUGUGAGACAUGUGGACUUCGGCUCAGACGACAUCCUGCCACCAUGCAAAUUGCGUUGUCUCCCGCCGGCACUCCUCCGAUUCCCAUGCGAGGCAGUGUGUGUUCGGCUGGCGGGCUUCAAGCCACCACGUGUGUGUGUUGAGCUGGAGCGCAUUUCCUACCGGCCAGAGUGGAGCAUGAAGUCCAUGUUAGAGAUGAUUGACUUGUUGCAUGGCAAACUCAGCGCUGUGGUAACGGCUGUAGAGCCACAGCUGACGGUGAUCCUGUACAACGCAGAUGGGACUCUGGUUCAUCUGCCUCUUGUAGAGAAAGGUCUAGCUGACUUUGAGUGAGGAAACAGAUUAUGGUAAGUUAGCAGGCUAUUCUGACCAGUUUUGCAAAUUGGUCAGUCACAUCGAGAACUGUAGUUCCUAA